AUGCCCAAAGAGAAGGCUACUCGCAAGACUAAGGGUCGUGGUGUUGAGCGUAAGAAGAAGGACCCCAACGCUCCCAAGCGUGGUCUCUCCGCCUACAUGUUCUUCGCCAAUGACAACCGUGAGAAGGUUCGCGAGGAGAACCCUGGUAUCUCCUUCGGUCAGGUUGGUAAGAUGCUCGGAGAGCGGUGGAAGGCCCUGAGCGAUACGGAGCGCCGCCCCUACGAGGAUAAGGCUGCUGCCGACAAGAAGCGUUACGAAGACGAGAAGGCCAGCUACAACGCUGCUGCCGAAGAGGAUGAGGAGUCCUCUUAA